CACAACAUCCCGCGAGAACCGAUGACGUCAUUUGUUGAUGUUUUAGUAGUGGGAGAAACAUGGCGGCCCGGUGGAGCAGUGAGAAUGUGGUGGUGGAGUUUAGAGACGCUCAGGCUACUGCGAUGUCAGUGGACUGUCUAGGGCACCAUGCUGUUCUAUCUGGGAGGCGCUUUUUGUACGUCGUGAACCUGGAGGCACCUUCGGACGCUCCUCGGAAAAUAGGUCGUCAGAGUAAGUGGGAUGUCGGCACGGUGCAGUGGAACCCGCACAAGAGCGAAGCUCACCUGUUCGCAGCAUCAAGUAAUCAGCGUGUGGAUCUGUAUGUAUGGCGUGAUGGAUGUGGAGAGUCUCACACGUCCCUGCAAGGCCACACACGAGUUAUAAGUGAUUUGGAUUGGUCGUGGUUUGAACCAGAAAUUCUCGUCACAAGUUCUGUAGAUACCUACAUCUACAUAUGGGACACAAGAGACACACGUAAGCCUACAGGAGCUCUAUCAGCAGUUGCCGGAGCAUCUCAGGUAAAGUGGAACAGAAAGAAUCAGCACUGUUUGGCUUCCAGUCACGACGGAGACGUCAGGAUCUGGGACAGACGGAAACCCAACACUGCUGUCGAAUACGUCGCCGCUCACUUAUCCAAGAUCCAUGGAUUGGACUGGCAUCCGGAUAACGAGUACAUCCUGGCAACCUCCAGCCAGGACAACUCCGUCAGGUUCUGGGACUACAGACAACCUCGAAAAUACCUCAAUAUUUUGUCCUGCCAAGUUCCAGUUUGGAAGGCCAGAUACACGCCGUUUUCCAAUGGGCUGGUGACGGUGAUGGUGCCUCAGCUCCGGCGGGAGAACAGCCUUCUGCUGUGGAGUACGCUGGACCUCAACAGCCCGGUUCACGCCUUCGUAGGUCAUGACGACGUGGUGCUCGAAUUUCAGUGGAGGCCUCAGAAAGAAGGAUCCAAAGACUGCCAGUUGGUUACGUGGUCCAGAGAUCAGACUCUUCGGAUAUGGAGGGUGGAUUCUCAGUUACAGAAGUUAUGUGCCAGUGACCUCGUGGAGGACCUGAUGGAAGGCAUGACCCUCACGACAGAGUCUGAGAAGACACUCCGCUCCCAGGAACCUCCUCUGAGCCCCGGUCUAACGUCCGUCGACCUACAGGGUCAGUUUGAGGCGUCUAGCGGCAGGCAGGACAACGCCGGUCUCGCUCAGACCCUGCAGCAGGAGUUCUCACUGGUCAACCUGCAGAUCCGCAACGUCAACGUGGAGAUGGACGCCGUGAACCACACCUGCUUCGUCUCGGCCCACUGCGGAGCGAAUCAGGUCAGGCUGGUGGUGAAAUUCCCUGCUCAGUAUCCAAACAACGCUGCACCGUCUUUCCAGUUCGUUCCCCCAACAACCAUCUCGUCCUCCAUGAAGACAAAGAUACAGAAGAUCUUGACAGACACGUCGCUUCAGAAGGUGAAGAGGAACCAGAACUGCCUGGAGCCGUGCGUGAGGCAGCUGGUGUCCUGCCUCGAAUCCGACGCGGAGGACGGAACUAAUCCCCAUGUGUUCAGUAACUCUGUGAGUCCCGCUCUUCCUGCUUUCCCUCGUGUCACCAACACCUACGGCUCUUACCAAGACGCCAACAUCCCUUUCCCACGUACCUCAGGUGCUCGCUUCUGCGGCACAGGCUCUCUGGUUUAUUUCACUCGGCCCAUGUCCAUGCAUCGCACCGUCCCUCCUACAGAACCUACGCCCAGAUCACUCUCGGCGCUGUCUGCGUACCACAGUGGCCUUAUGACGCCGAUGAAAAUGCGCAGCGAGUCGCAAUCCACGCUGAGGCUGUACAGCGGGAGUCCGACACGCACCGAUAAAGAACAAGUGUCCAUCUCCUCUUUCUACUAUAAGGAACGGAAGCCUCUGUCUGUCCAUCGCCGCUGGUCUGUGCAGACUAUUGCCGACUGUCCGAAAUCACGUCGCUGGAAAGGGAAGAGAGAAGGAAGCGACUACAACAAUAAAACCAUCAAACUGGCUGGUAAAGUGAUCAUUCAGGACAUUUCCUGUCUCCUUCCUAUUCACAAAGCACUCGGAGAAACCUACGUAUUAAACAUGAACGACAUACGAGACACGUGUCAGAAGAACGCGGCCGCGGCUCUGACAGUCGGACGCAGAGAUUUAGCGAAGGUUUGGGCUUUGGCGUCUGCAGCGACCUGUCUCGACCUGUACCCUGACUCCGAUCCCGACGCCGACACUCCUUGGGCUCGACACCCGUUCGGACGACAGCUGCUGGAGACUUUGCUUGAACACUACAGUCAGAUGAGCGAUGUUCAGACCCUGGCCAUGUUGUGCAGUGUGUUCAGGGGGCAGGGGAUCCCUCAGGACUAUUUCACACUGUUCGGCCCACGCAGCUCAGGCUUCACCCUCCACCACUCACGCUACCCCAGCUUCACUUCCAGCUCGGUCACGUCUGGUUCCUGCUCCAGUACCUCUGACUCCAUCAGCGCUCCAUGGAACAUGGCCGGACGUGACGCAGAACAAGCUCUACCGUGGGGAGAGUCGUCUCCUGACGAGGGUCGCUACGCUAACCAGGCCUACACGGACCCCCGGGAACGAGAGAAAGAGCAGCACGACAUGAACAAAAGAUUAUUAGACCCGGCGAACACCUUACAGUACGACGACUUCAAGAAGUGUUACGGAGAGAUUCUGUACCGCUGGGGGUUGAAGGAAAAGAGGGCAGAAGUGCUGAAGUUUGUUUCCUGCCCUCCGGAGCCACACAAGGGCAUCGAGUUCGGCGUGUACUGCUGUCACUGUCGGAGUCAGGCACGAGGCACUCAGUGCGCCGUGUGCAAGCGCUUCACCUUCCAGUGCGCCAUCUGCCACGUGGCCGUCCGCGGCUCGUCCAACUUCUGCCUGAGCUGCGGCCACGGAGGCCACACCAGCCACAUGAUGGAGUGGUUCCGCUCGCAGGAAGUUUGUCCUACAGGCUGCGGCUGUCACUGUCUCCUCCAGAGCACUUUCUGAAGCCUCCCCUACACGGACACGGUGACGGAAGCGAUGACUGACGCAGCCGAGGUCUCAGGGUGCUUCUCGAACCUCUCGGUACUGCGACGCAUCCUGGACUGUUAUAUAUUUUUUUUUAAACAGCACCGGUACAGAUAACGGAUUCAUGUGCCACUCUGAACAGACCUUUUAUUAUCAUCGUCUUCGAAGUAUGCAAGAAACCGAGACCCCAUGAACGCAGGAGUUAGCGUUUACACCAGCCUUAUUCAGUAAUAAUCGCUCCUGAUACAGGAAGUGCCAUGUCCUGCAGUCGUGGUUCGGUCGCAGCCGCUGCAGGGUUUUUCUCUACAGUCCGUCGACACGAGGCGUGUAGGUGGACCGAACGUGCUGCUGAUUUCAUGCUGAAAAGUGUCGUUUUGUACGUUGUGGUCUUGUCUUUCUUUUCAUUUGAGAAGAGAAUAAUUAAAGCUGUGCUCUUGUAUAAGGGAGUCGUGUUACACCGUUAACCUGCAGCACCUGCAGAGUUUAUACCUGAAUGAAGAAAUAAAUUUGUUCAAAUAACUGCACCAUCCUGCAGAACAUGCAGUUUUUGUGUUCGCUCUCUCACCCUCGCUUUCUCUCUCCCACCCUCCUCUCUCUUUCCACUCUCUCUCUCUCCCUUUCUCUUUCUCUCUGUCCCUCUCUCUUCCCACUUCUCUCUUUCUUCCUUCCUUCCUUCCUUCUUUCUCCUCCCUCUUUUUCUUGCUCUCCCUCUUUCUUCUCCCUCUCCUUUUCUCUCUUCCUUCUUUCCUUCUUUCUCCCCCUCUUUUUUCACUGCCCCUUGUGCUUUCUUUCUUUCUUUCUUUCUUUCUUUCUUUCUUUCUCCCUGUACCCACUCUUUCUUUCUCUCUUUCUUUCUCCUUGUACCCCCACUGUCUUUCUCUCUUUCUUUCUCCCUGUACCCCCUCUUUCUUUCUCUCUUUCUUUCUCCUUGUACCCCCACUGUCUUUCUCUCUUUCUUUCUCCCUGUACCCCCUCUUUCUUUCUCUCUUUCUUUCUCCUUGUACCCCCUCUUUCUUUCACUCUUUCUUUCUCCUUGUACCCCCACUGUCUUUCUCUCUUUCUUUCUCCUUGUACCCCCACUGUCUUUCUCUCUUUCUUUCUCCUUGUACCCCCACUGUCUUUCUCUCUUUCUUUCUCCCUGUACUCACUCUUUCUUUCUCUCUUUCUUUCUCCUUGUACCCCCACUGUCUUUUUCUCUUUCUUUCUCCCUGUACCCCCUCUUUCUUUCACUCUUUCAUUCUCCUUGUACACCCUUUCUCUCUUUCUCUCUGUCCCUCUCUCUUCUCCCUCUCCUUUUCUCUCUUCCUUCUUUCUCCCCCUCUUUUUUCACUGCCCCCUUGCGCUUUCCCUCUCUUUCCCUCUCUUUCUUUCUUUCUUUCUUUCUCGCUGUACCCACUCUUUCUUUCUCUCUUUCUUUCUCCUUGUACCCCCUCUCUCUUUCUCUCUGUACCCCCUUUCUUUCUCUCUGCUGCCCCUCCUCCUGUACAUAAGAGUGGAGGUAGAAUGGACAGUAGGACAUCACCACCAUGUUGUCCUACAUGUCCACUCUCCUCAGGUCAGUGUGAAGGUUUGGACAAUCUCUUGUCAAAGUGAUAAAAGUGUCUUGGACACAUUAGUAAAUAAACAUUAAUAUCUAAGAUGAUUGUAUUUUUAGUGAGUAAAAAUGAAUACUAACUUCUCCCAUGCUCUCACCAUCCAGUUGUGAUCGUGUUUAAUCCUAAACAUCGUCCGUAUUCACCUUCGACUUUUUGUUCUUUGUCUAACAGAAGUACAGUUUUACACUUUUGCAAACACUCUGGAAUGUGAAGGAAUGAGACCUCAAUUAUUAUUUUAAUAAAAAUCUUUAAAACAAAAA